UUGCGUUAUGUAAAAUGAUAUGGAAAGAAAAGGAAAAAGGAAAUUGACACGAUUUUGUAAACAAGAGGCGUUGUUCAUUCUUCGCAGCCAUUUAGUCAACGCUUCGAAUUUUGAGAAAAUUCUUGUGGACGUUAAAGCCAAUCUGGAACUGUUUGAUCCGGAAGUGAGAGAAUUAUACGAGAUAGAGAGUAACGUCACUCUGCUAAACCGGAUUCAAUGGAAACUGGAUAAGAUGAAGGAAAAUGUAGAACAGGAAAAAGACGCGGAUAUCAGAAGGUACGUGGAGGAAGCUAUUGAUCUCGACAUGAGGCGAAACUUCCUUCGAAAAGGAUCUUCUAAAGAACCGGAGACCGAUCCUGGCACUUCCGGUUUCUGUCAGCCCGAGGUCAGGUUGUCAGACAAUUCAGAAGAUGACGAAGAAAAGGAAGAUGAAAACAACAGUGGUGAAUCUGGUUUCUUUUGGUCAAGGACAAAUGCAGAGGGAAGCCAUACGAGCCAGAAGAGAAAGAAAAAUUCGAAAAAGACAGUGAAAAAAUCAAGCAAAGAUAUGAUGCGCAAGUGUGAGAAAGACCAUAAUAAAUUCUGGAAUUAUCUAUACAAGACCGGAAAACGGAUUAUUGGUGCAGAUACUUCGAGCUCUUCUAGCAGUGACUGCAAUUAAAUUGAGCCAGUUCUAAUCAAAAUUUCUUUCCAUCAUAAGUCUAAUACCAGUUAAUUUCUUCAACAUAGAUUAUACCACUCUCCUAUGAAAAUGUUCAAUUACUUUAUCAGACGUGAAAAAUAUGAGCGGAGUAACUGCGAGUAAUCAAGAACUGAAUUUCCAUCUAAAGUAUCAAUUAAAAACUAAAAAUUUAUACAAUACAACAAAAUUUAGAGAUUACGAAGAAUAUUCAACCUUAAAAGUCUUUAGAAACAAUACAAAUUGACAGGAGAGCAAACACAGAUCUCUUAUAAAUCAGAGUUGGGAAUAGGUGCUUUGGGGGAGUAUAAACUUCUCUAGUAACAUUCGUCAUGUGCUCCUUGUCAUGAGAGAACAAACAUGAAAUCUGUGGACAAUGCAGUGUGUUCAUAAUGACAUAACAAUGUUUGAAAAUUGUCAGUCAGCAUUCAACUUUAUGUAAGUUUAUUAUGAUUACAUAUACUUUAUAAAGAGACUGUUGAUAUCCCUGUUUCAUCAACUUGUUUGUCAAUAACUUGCCUUGGUCUAGAAAUUGUUUGUACGUUGAGUAUGUUCAUAAUCAACUAGGAAACAUAAACCCAAUUUGCAGAUAAUAACUAAAGGAUAUAUUGCUACUUGUUCAUUGUAUUCGGCAUUAUAAAUGAAUUUGGAUAAGGUUGCAAUUUUUUU